AUGAGUGGCCAGUUUGUUGGUCCUGGAUGGAAUGGUCAAACUCCCUCUAUGGAUGUGAAUUAUGAACUCAACCUGUACAUUUCAGCGCAAGGUGAACAGAUCUCACCUCUAGGUGAACAUAUCUCAGCGCUAGGUGAACAGAUCUCAGUGCUAGGUGAACAGAUCUUAGCACUAGGUGAACAGAUCUCAGCGCUAGGUGAACAGAUCUCAGCGCAAGGUGAACAGAUCUCAGCACUAAACCACAAGAUUAACUCAAUCAAGCAAGAGCUGCAGAUUGCCAAGGAAAAAGCAGCAAAAACCGAGAGCAUGAAUGCUGUAUACCACUUUGUGCACUCUGUUCAACAGAUUCUCUGCUGUUGCCUCAACAUUGAUGAACCCUGGUCUAUCACUAUCACUCAAGCGCUUAAGUUAGGGAUGACCAACUGGCCUGCAGUGAAGACUGCCCUCAAGCGUGAAGAUGUAAGUGAGGAAUGCCUCCUGCAAACAAUCAAAAAGAUUAAGAAUGAAUGA